UGGAUCAAGCAAGUGUUCAGAAACAUGCACAUCGAUGGAAUCAACAAAAUAAUGCCUGAAUUCGCUUCUUGUAUAUUUGCGUCGCAGUUGUCUUUGCAAAAUUCACUACGAGCGAUAUAAUAAUGUCUAGGCCGGUUUUUGUUUGUGUUCCGGGAGCCUCACAUUCACAUCUUAUCUAUGAGCCGCUGAGGGCGGCUCUGGCGUCCCACGGCUACGCUGCUUAUCCUCUUUCUCUUCCAUCAGUAGGAGGAAAUCCUCCAACAUACGACUUUACCGAAGAUGUCCGCGCAAUAAGGGAUCUGUGUGCUGAACUUGUGGACUCAGGGCAAGACGUUAUCUUGGUCAUGCAUGCUUACGGAGGACUGCCUGGUGGAGAAGCACUUUGGGGACUUGGAAGAGGCGAGAGAACGCAAAGGGGGUUAAGAGGCGGAGUUAUUCGACUUGUCUUCAUCAUGUCUUGGCUGGCAGUGGAGGGAUUCCAAGGGAGUCCAAGAGGGGAUGUUACUGGAAUGUUCCCCUACAUGCGUUGUGAUUUACGGGCUGGUAUUACAACAAUUGAUCCUCGGCAAGCUCGAAAUGUCUUCUAUAACGAUAUGCCCAGAGCUGAGGCGGAAUACUGGACUUCACAGCUACUUCCUCAAAGCAUCGGCGUCUUCUGGAGCCAGACUACGUACGCAUCAUGGCGCUAUAUCCCUACCACUUACGUUCUAUGCGGCCAGGACAAUUGCGUGACGUUACCCUACGCCGAGAUGAUGCUGCAAACAGCAUCAGAGUCACGGCCAAACAUGAUCGACGUGGUUGAGAGGUGCGAGGAUGGAGGCCACAGUAUUAUGCUGAGUAGAGUGGAAUGGACGACGAACAUGUUACGAAGAGCCGCUGGAGAGAGAGUAUGAUUACUGACUACAAUGAGUACAGUACAUGAGGUACCCCUAGCAAAUUGUACAUUCGAAGAAGCAUUUUGGAUCUCGCUAGAC